AUGUCCUUCACAUUCAAGGAAAAAGGCAACAACCUCUUCAAAGAUGGCGACUACGCCGGCGCAGAAGAGAUGUACUCUCAAGCUAUCCAAAUGAACCCCAAAGAACCUAGCUUCUUCACCAACCGCGCCGUCACACGCAUCCGCCUCGAAAAAUGGGCCGGCGCCGAACACGACGCUCGCAUCGCAAUCGAUCUCCAUGGUGGAUCAAAAGCAGCUGCCAGCCUCAAGAGUUCCCUUUAUCUCGCGCAGGCGUUGCUGGAGUUACAACGGCCUCAGGAAGCAUACGACGUCGCGAUCGACGCUUACAGAGCUAGUCUGAGCGCGAUGAACGCUCAGACCGAGAAUUUAUCCAAGAUCGUCCUCCGAGCGAAACAGCAGAUUUGGGCGGCGAAGGAGACGGCGAGACUGCGAGAGAUGGAUGAGUCGCUCGCGAGCGUGGAGUCGUUGAUUGAAGCUGAUCUAGAACAGCAGCUCAACGAGCUCAAGACGCAGUUGAACAAUGGCGAAAUAGGGGAGAUUGGUUUCAACGAAGACCAAAAGGCGCUACGGGAAGAAGCAGACAAAAAGAUUCGGCAUGUUCGAGAUGCGUUCAAGGCUGCAUCCGGAGGCAAAGUAGAGGAAAGGGUUGUGCCUGAUUUUCUCAUUGAUAAUAUCACGUUUGAGGUUAUGCAUGACCCCGUCGUUACGGUCUCGGGCCAUAGUUAUGAUCGCCUGGGAAUUACGAAGUAUCUCGAGCAAGCUCGAGUUGACCCUGUGACGCGUGUGCCUAUGACCGUCAAGGAUUUGCGGCCUAAUUAUUCACUCAAAGCGGCUUGUGAGGAAUUCUUGGACAAGAAUGGUUGGGCUGUUGAUUAUUAG